AUUGAUACAUUGUUAUGACGUUCUGUUUGACAUGAUCACCUUAAAUUUUUCCUUACUUGAAGAUAAGUGAACGUGGCUGCUAUGGCAAUUCAAAAGUGGUCGUUAUUUUUGCCUAUACAAAAAUAGAAAUUAUGAUUCUUAUAGAAAAAACAAAACAUAUUGCUGUGAUACUGAAUGACUUUCAAUAACCGCUUAGUUCUUUAACAAAUCCUGUCGUUUCUCUUUAGAAAACAAGGAAGUGUAGUUAGAAAGUAUUUUUACCUACAAGUGGAAUUUACAGUCCUCUUUGAUACAUUUUCAGCAUAAUUAUGGCGCUGAAAAAAGUAAAAACCAACUUGGAACGCAUGUUCGAUAAGAGCCUGACGGAUUUAGUUAGGGGAAUAAGAAAUAACAAGGAAAAUGAGGCCAAAUAUAUAUCCCAAUGCAUGGAGGAUAUCAAACAAGAACUUAGACAAGAUAAUUUAUCUGUUAAGAGCAAUGCUAUAGCAAAAUUAACAUACCUUCAAAUGUUAGGAUAUGAUAUUUCAUGGGCAGGUUUCAACAUAAUUGAAGUGAUGAGUUCUAGUAAAUUCACACUCAAAAGAAUAGGAUAUCUAGCUGCAAGUCAAUCAUUCCAUUGUGAUUCUGAGUUAUUGAUGUUAACGACCAAUAUGAUUCGCAAAGAACUUAACUCGCAGAACCAAUAUGAGGCUGGUCUUGCCUUAACUUCUCUAAGUUGUUAUGUCAGUGCAGAUUUGGCAAGAGAUCUAUCUAAUGAUAUUUUGACUCUUUUAAGUUCGACUAAGCCUUAUAUUAGAAAGAAAGCUGUCUUAAUGAUGUAUAAGGUAUUCCUCAAAUAUCCAGAAGCCUUAAGGCCUGCUUUUCCUAGACUUAAAGAGAAGUUGGAAGACCCUGAUCCAGGUGUUCAAUCAGCAGCAGUAAAUGUUGUAUGUGAGUUAGCUAGAAAAAACCCAAAGAACUAUCUGAGCUUAGCUCCUGUAUUCUUCAAACUAAUGACAACUAGUACAAAUAAUUGGAUGCUUAUAAAAAUAAUCAAAUUGUUUGGUGCUCUUACUCCUCUAGAACCUAGGCUAGGAAAAAAAUUAAUUGAACCUCUAACUAAUUUGAUACACAGUACAUCUGCUAUGAGUUUAUUGUAUGAAUGCAUCAAUACAGUCAUAGCUGUUUUGAUAAGUAUUUCAUCAGGGAUGCCAAAUCAUGCGGCUAGCAUCCAGUUAUGUGUACAAAAGUUGAGGAUAUUGAUCGAAGAUUCUGACCAAAACUUGAAAUACUUGGGUCUUCUAGCAAUGUCAAAAAUUUUGAAAACUCAUCCAAAAAGUGUACAGGCACACAAAGAUCUUGUUUUGCAAUGUUUGGAAGAUAAAGACGAAUCAAUAAGGUUGAGAGCUUUAGAUCUACUUUAUGGAAUGGUUUCAAAAAAAAAUCUCAUGGAAAUAGUGAAGAAGCUCAUGGCUCAUAUGGAGAAAGCUGAAGGUACCAUAUACCGGGAUGAAUUAUUGAGUAAAAUAAUACUUAUCUGUUCACAAAAUAGUUAUCAGUUUAUUACAAAUUUUGAAUGGUAUGUCACUGUUUUGGUGGAACUUGCACAAAUGGAGUUUGGAUCUAAGCAAAGUCAUGUCAUAGCUUCACAAUUGAUGGACGUAACUGUAAGAGUAGAAGCAAUAAGGUCAUUUGCUGUGUCAGAAAUGGCUGACCUACUAUCUUUUUAUACCUCUCACAAUCAAUUUAUGGUAAUGCAGGAAGUCCUGUAUGCUGCUGCGUAUCUUUGUGGAGAAUUUAGUGUCCACUUGAAAGAACCUGAAGCAGUUCUUCAAAUGAUGUUGAACUACAAAUCCCUACCUCAACACAUUGAAUCAGUCUUCAUUCACAAUAUACUUAAACUGUUUGCUCAUAUCAUGGAGAAAUAUGAACUUGAAGAGAGGUAUGAUGAUAUUUUGGUUUUAUGUGAAACAAUCUCAGUCAAAUUACAAGAAAGCCUGAAGUCUGCCGAAUUAGAGGUUCAAGAAAGAUCCAGUACCUGUUUAAGUAUACUAGAAAUUGUGAAAGAGGAAAUUCAAUUAAAAAAAACAACUGCCAAUACAAAAAUAAUAGAUUCAGACUCUAUAGAUCCACUUGAAAAGGACCAAGAUAUCACGAAUUUGUUAGCUCAGGAGCUUCUUCAAUUUUUCCAAGGAGAACUGAAUCCAGUUGCUCCUAGAGCACAGAAAAAGGUGCCCAUACCUGAAGGUUUGGAUUUGGAUAGUUGGAUCAAUGAACCAGUAGAAGAGUCGGAUUCAGAUAGUGACCCAGGAUAUGGCGUAAAAGUUUUCGUUAAGACAGACAGUGAGAAUGAGUCAGAAGGAAGAAAACACAAGGAGCCAACAGAAGAAGAAAUUAAAAAGAAUAAGGAAGCCAGAAAACAUGAACAACUCCAUAAUCCUCAUUAUCUAAAGGGCACCAAUUCUAUAGAUGAAGAUAAUGAAAAAAUUGAAAAUAUACCUAUAGCUAGUCUAAACUUGAACAUUCCACUUAAAGUAGCAGGACAUAAAAGGUCUGACAAAUAUCUCAAGACUAAAGAUGAAAAAAAACAUAAGAAAAAAAGCAAGAAGAAGAAACAUAAAUCAGAAAGUUCUUCAGACGAAAAUGAAGAAGCUCCUGCUGUUAAAAGGGAACUUGAACUUCCAGAAGGGGCCACUUUAUCUGAUUCAGAUUCAAGUCAUGAUAAUAAAGAUGAUCCACAUAAAGCUUUGAAUAUUGAAUUAGAUAUACCUUCAAUGAAUGAUUAUAAUGAAGAUCAAAAACAUAAAAAGGAGGUAGAUAAGAAGAAAACAAAAAAGAAGACUGAUAAAGAAAGAGAGAAAAAGACAAAGAAAUCUGAGAAAAAUAGGAAGGUUAAAGCAGAAGGAGUGCAGAAUGAGGGUAUGCUUCUUUCCAUUGACAAUGAAUACAAUCACAAAUCAGAAGAACAAAUAGAACUUAAAGAUUCAGAACAUGAUGUGAAAGGCAUAAAAGAAAGAGAAGAGAAAAAAACUAAAAAACAUAAGAAAGAGAAAAGGGAAAAAAAGAAAGAAAAAGAAGGCAAGAAAAAAAAAUCUAGCUCGGGUUAUGAAGAACCAUUAGGUAUAUCAACACCUAGCAAAGAAUUCCAACCUAUCCAGUAGUGUUUUCGAAAUGUUCUGUGACAAAUUAUUUUCAGAAAAGCUCGAAUGAAAUGUAUAACAAUAAUUUUGUAUAUUCUCAGAUAGUAGUUUGUUCAUUCUACAAAAUUCCAUCAUUUCAAUCAUUGUUUUCUUAUGAAAUCUUUUUUUGAAGAAUUUCUUUCAUUUAAGCUGAAUAAAGAUAAAAUUGGUUAAGCAAACAAAUUUAAUAUUUUAUUAUUCAGUAACAGUAAUGUGCAAUUAGAAAUAAAAAUAUCUUGUAGAUUUAUUCACAAAACAUCUUAACAGUAUGGAUUCUAAUCAAAUUAUAUUAAGUUUAAAUUAUUGAUCCAUUUUUUCCAUGGGAAGAUGCUUCAUUUCCUAUAUGAAAGAUGAAAUAUGUAUUGUUCAAAAAUAUGAAUAUAUUGUUUAUAUGAUAA